AUGCCUCCUCGCCGGAACAACUUCACGCUGCUGACCCUAGUCGGAGUGGCAGCCUUCCUAGGGAUUCUGUUCAUCUCGUUCUCGAAGCGAAUUACCGGAGAGGAUUCAGACUACUCAGCCUCCCAAAAAGAAUUUCUAAACCCACACGUUUCAGAAGGGAUGCUCCACGGAGAAGCAAAGGCCGCGAAGAUCGAGAAUGCCACCUUGAAAGCAGAACUCGGCCACGCCGCCUGGAAAGUUCUCCAUACGAUGAUGGCCAAGUUCCCGGAUGAGCCCACCGAAGAGGACAGCGCAGCCCUCAAAUCCUACAUCCAUCUCUUUGCUCGUCUAUAUCCCUGCGGUGAUUGCGCCAGGCACUUCCAGAAGAUCCUGAAGAAGUUUCCGCCUCAGGUGGCUACGCGGUCGACGGCUGCAGCGUGGGCGUGCCAUGUGCAUAACGAGGUCAAUAAAAGGCUGAAAAAGGAGCUAUUUGAUUGCUCGAACAUUGGAGAUUUCUAUGACUGUGGUUGUGCAGAGGAGAAGCCGGACACGAAGGGAAAGGGCGGCUUCACAAAGUUGCAGUUGGAGAAAGAAGGGUUGACGAGAGGAGGUUGA